CAUCCAGACUGCGGAACAUGCAUUGUUUCCCCCAGAGUUCCUCAUCCAUCUCCUGUUCCUGGACCUUCCCUGACUCCCACUGGGACUCCUAUACUGUGGAGGUGCGUCAGCAGGACAGCUGGGAGCUGGUGUACGCCCUGCGCCUGGCCCGGGAUAGUACCUUACUCAGCCUGGAGAACCUACAGCCUUACAGGAGAUACAACGUGGCUGUCAGAGUGGCCUCAGCUGGACUCAGCAGCCCCGCCGUGGAGGAGAACGUGGUCACCAUGAUCGACCGUGAGUAACUACCUAUACCGGCUGACAACCGGAGUUGUAUCAUAGACCCCAUCCAAGAGUUUAUCUGCUGUAAGAUCCAGACCCACAAUCACCAUGACAACAAACCAGGUCACCACACAGUACCACCACACCAGAUGA